AUGGUAUCCAAACCAAGACCAGUUGACCGAAGCACGGUGCCGUCACCUAAGGAGACGAACGGUGCACUCUACGAGCGCUUUGUUGCAAUGAUGAACAACCGAGAACCACCGUUCUUUCUGCCGGACAAAGAGAUGUACAUGUACAUCGGGCAGCCAAUUUCAUUUCGAGCCUGCACUUCAAUUCUGACAAAGGCUCGACCUAAAUCCAUUACCAUAAUCCCACCUCAAAAGGCCGGUCGAAGGCUCGAACGCAUUGUCUCAAACAUCAACGAUCCAUCCAAACCAACAAGAGGCGAUCCUGGCAUCAAGCUCUUUGAUAUGUCCCCAAAAUUCCUCACAAUCCAGUGUGGCUACAAGCCGGACCACGAGGGGAUCGCAGAAUGUCGAAAAGACUUACUGAGCUUGAUCAAUCGGACAACGCAAGGUCUGGUACUGUGGGAGAAUGCCGAGGGUUGGGAUAUCCUCAAGUUUGGAUCGAAGAUGAACCAAAUUCUUGUUGGAAAGAGUGACAGUCGCCUCUCUUUGGUUUGCAUGGAGAAUGGAUUAUACUGGAUGUCCUACCUUUUAGCCACAGAGGCCGAAACUUUGCGUCUCAUUAGAAAUUUGCAGGAGCCAACACCGACCAACCUCAAGAUGGCCUUCGACAAAGCUGCACUAAUUGGACGAACGAAGUAUGGUACCGAUGUUCAAGGAGAGUGUUUUUACCCUUUGGCCGAUGCGAUUGGUCGAGCUACGCUUCCAAUAGCCAUUCGCGUCCAACGGAGCUACCUCGUCUCGACCGCUCCUCGCAUCAAGAAAUGUCCAAUUGCUCCCGCGUUCGCAACGUCCCGAGUGUCCCUCCCUCCACCCGCCGUACACGCCGCUCCUUCCAUCUCAACGUACCUGGCCCGACUAAAAGUUAUCUUGGCUCAAAGACACAAGGACUUAGACGCGCUCAAAAGCUUGUCGGAAGCAGUUGGAUUAAAGAUCAAGAAGUCUUGCGAUUUGUCUGGUGGGAAUGUGAAGCUGAUUGAGGAGCAUUUGAAGCUGGGAUUGUUCCAAGUCGAGCUAGGGUUGGCGCAAGUGAACGUCUUGAUGCAGGACUCCCUUGAGUGGGCUCAAGCUGUUCCUCCGACAUCUUCUGCAUCGUUGGCCCUCCCCAAAUGUUCAACAAUUCCGGCGGCGUCUAUGUCUGCCAGUUCUCGUGCUUCUGCCAAGAUACAUGAAGCUCUUUCUCGUUCAUUUGAAGUUGGCUUGAUUGAGCAAAACGCAACUGUACGAAUGUUCAACGACUUUUUGACGGAAGGUCAGAUAUUGGUUGAAGAGUUCGUCGAGAAAGGGCACAACACACUGUUAGCCAUGACCAAAAACUCUGGCAAGCUGGCAGAUCUAUUUGGUCGAAUGGUUGACGAGGCUCG